AUGAAAGCAAUUACACUUGAACAAAGAGCUUUAUGUCCACGCAUACUUUCUGAACAACAUGAUAGGAAUAUCUGCAGAAUUAUUAAAUCGGGUGAAUGUUUUAAUGCAAUUCAAAUUCAAAAAAAAUUAAUUUCUGAUAAAAAUGUUAUUGUUUCUCCAAAUACAAUUAGACACUCAUUGAAAAGAUAA